AUGCUAGGUCAAGGUUACGCCAUUUGUGUUGAGCGAGUGCCAAUAAGGAGCCCCCAGUCAGUCACCACAACCCCACCUCGAUCACAGCCCUCAGUCACCACAAGUCCCCACCUCGAUCACAGCCCCCAGUCACCACAACCCCACCUCGAUCACAGCCCUCAGUCACCAGGCCAAGGAGAGGAAAAUACCCACAGCAACAAAGAUCUGACACAGGCCAAGACUGCUCCUCAAACCACCGUGCCAGAUCGACCCAAUACUAACGACGCCUUACAGCCAAACUACUCCCCCGUCGUCAAGGGUCACCACCACCAACCACCAUCAGUAGCUGCCGCAGGAAGUGUUGUGGAUCCCGCCGUGCUACUGACGAAGGAACUGAAGAAGGAACUUGUGGGGACACGUCAAGACGAAGUAAACCUCCACCACAGGGAAGACCUACACGACGGAGACCUCGAUAACAGUUUCUACGACGAGCUCCCCUACACCGAGAGUCUCCAUAGUGGUGCCGACGGGGAUGUGGUGAUGGAGGAGGGUGUGUCGAGGGAGGUGGCGUCGCUGGUGGAGAGUGUAAGGCGUCAGGGGAUGGGUCGCUGCGCCCUGGCUGUCACCACUGACCACCACCACCUCCCUGCCCUACACCUCCUCCUCACCCAACACCUGGAUAACAGCACCACCUUUCCUUCGUCACUAGCGGAGAAGUACAAGAGCGUGGGACGAGAGACGUGUGUCCAUUACGUGUUCCUCGUCAGCGACCCCUCCAGGCUACUCCACCUGUUGGCGGGACUAUACCAAGACGCCCUCUACCUGUGGGCUAAGUUCGUCCUCGUCACCCACCUGCACGUUCACCACAUCCUCGACUUUCUUCAGACGUCUCCAGUCAACAAGAUCGUCCAGGUACUGUUAGUGACACCUUCUGCCUCUCAGGACGGGGUGGCGCUGCAUCUGUACACCCACCUUUUCUUUCUGGAGCAGCGGCGCCUUACCCUCAAGAAGUUGGGCACCUGGCCUUUAAGAAACUCUUCUUCUACCUCCUCUACCUCCUCGUCAGCUGGAAAAGUUCGCGGCGCCCUCCAGUUCUUCCCGGAGAAGCUGUCAAACUUCAAUGGUUUUAGGUUCCGAGUGACGACCUUCAACCACCCGCCCGUUUCCAUCUUUGAGUCCUUACCUGACGGAGACAUUACCUACGAUGGGUUGGAGAUAAGACUUCUGUCAGCCCUCGCCUCAGCCCUCAACUUCACCGUGGAGAUUAACCUACCUAGAGACGGGGAGAAGUGGGGGAGUAGAUUACCCAAUGGCAGCUGGACGGGUGCGGUUGGGGAGACGAUCCGUGGGGAGACAGAUGUGUCCUUCGCUAAUUACUUCAUUACGGCCGAUCGCCUUAAGGUAAUGGACAUGACUGAGUCCUAUUACAUCGACUACGCCUGCUUCAUUACCCCCAAGCCUCAGCCUCUGCCCCAGUACACAGCUGUUGCCUGGCCCUUCCAUGUAAGCGUGUGGGGAGCGGUGUUAGUGACCUUGAUGAUGGUGCCUCCUGCGGUAAGGGUGGCAGGCCUGGUGGAGCCCGGCAGCUGGUUCCGACGCCUCGACAACGCCUUCUGGUACGUGCUCGGAGUGUUCUUGACCCGCUCGCAACCCUUCCAGCUGGUGCCAUCAUCGUCAGGGCUACGGGUCGUGGUUAUUACGAGUUGGGUAGCCGCUAUGGUCAUCUCUGUGGCGUAUAAGUCCUCCCUCAUCGCCUUCCUGAUGGUGCCCCUUCCUGCCCAGCCGAUCAACACCUUGGCACAGUUGUUAGAGUCUGGCCUACGCUGGGGAGUCAGGGACCGUGGUGGCUGGGAUGAAUGGUUCAGCAACUCGCUUGACCCGACGUCGCAAAAGAUCGCUGCUGGGUUUGAAUUCGUGAACGGGAUCGAGAGAGGCCUGGCGAGGGUGCUGGAGGGGAACUUUGCCUUCAUGAACUCCGGUACUUUCCUUCGUUACCUUGUUGCCAGUAACUUCACCGACGAGUUUGGCCAGACAGAGCUCCACAUCGCCAAGCAGUGUUUUGUCCCUUUCAGGCAAGUGGAAGUGGCGGCGCGAUUGUAA